AUGGAAAUUGAAAAAUGGAAAACACAAUGCAGAUAUCUUUAGAAUGAAUUAGAUUCAAUGAAAUAACAACUUUAAGAUGCCAAAGAUUUAAUUAGAUUAAAUAAGGAAUAAUUAAAAAUUUGUUAUAAUCCAACAUAAUUUGACUAAAGUUCUGAAUGUAAAGCUGCAUUGGUGUUACUAAAAUUUGUUUAAGAGGAAAAUGAAGUCUUAAUGAAAAAAAUAGAAUAAUUAAGUGAUGAAAGAAACCUAGCUUUUGAUAAAGUAAAUCAUUUACUGUAUGAGUUUAUAGGCUUUUAUUUCUGAAUAAAUUAAUGAAUCAAAUUAGAGAGUAGAAUCUUCAUUGAUUACAAGUCUAAAUAGAACAAUCACAGAAUUAAAGAAGAAGUUAAAUGAAUAAGUCAAGAUGUCAAAUGAAAUUAUGGGGACUAUUUAUUUAGAAAAACAUGUAGUUAUCAAAAUUAUACUACUUAGUUAGCUUAACCAGAAUAAUUGACUUUGAAUUUUAAUAACGUAAUUUAAUAAAUGAAUUCAAUGUUAUUAAAAUAGAAAUUACAAAUAGAAGAAUUAAUCGAAUAAAAAAAUGAUUUAGCUCAAUUAAAUUUUAGCUUAUCAAAUGAAAUUCUAAAGAUAAGAACUUAAAGAUUCACUCCUAGAAAUCAGACAAAAACAUUUUGUAAUUAUAAUUAAUAAUUUAAUCUAGUUAGUCAAAAUGAAGAUCCAUCAAAAUUCAUUAAUAAUUUAGUCUAAUGUAAUUAUCAAAUUUAAAUUUCUAGUAUAAAAGAGAUUAUUUUUUGAUGAUGAUUCACAAGAUGAAAAAAUGCAUAUGCAAUAAUCAGCAGUAUUUUCUCCCCUUUUCUCUCCAACAUUGCCACAAAAAGUAAAAAGAUAGUAAAAGUCUCAAAUACCAAAAGAUUUAAAGUAAGAACCUGAAAAACACAUACCAAAACUUGAUUUAACUAAAGCUUAAUAAAUAUAAUAAUUCAAUAUCAAACGUAUGCAAUUAUUAGCGAAUAAAUUGGCAAAUGAAGGAGUUGAAUAGAAAAUUUAUAUGUAAUUAUGUAAUUAUAUUAUAAAGGUUAUAAGAUGAAUUAUUAAGAACUAAAAAUAAAUAUCAUGCUUAAUUAGUCUUGAAUUAACAGUUAGAUUUAUAACUAACAGAAUUAAAUCUCUAAAUUAUGGAAUUAUAAAAUGUGAAUGAAACAUUAAUCAAAUCAAACUAAAUGUAUGAAGAAAAAUGGUCAAGCAUUUAUUAAUAGUUUUCAUUUUAUAAGGAAUUUUAUCUUAAACAUAAAGAUUAAAUUCAACAUAAUAUCUAAUCAUUUGCUACUUCUGAUGAUCAAUAAUAAUUUAGUGCCUUUGAAUUUGAGAAAGUAUUGAACUCUUCUAAAAUAUAUAAUAAGAAUCUAUCCCAAAAAAAUAAUAAUAAUCCUGCUAUUAGUAUAAUUAAUUAUUAAGAUGAUACUAUUUAGUAAUCCUCUUGUAGACUUCCUACAGAUAGGUAAGAAGAAGUGAAUAAAUUCUUAACUUAAUAGUAUAAAUGUUGUUUAAUGAUGAUGGCAAAGGAAGUUAUCUCUUUAGAUUAUCAACAUAUUAAACCUGUUUAGACUAAUCUUAACAAAGUUAAAAUUAAAAGAAGUUACAGUAAUACAAUAGAGUAUUUUCCAGUCUUUUGA